UCCACCGACGAAGAAAGGUUAAUUGUGGUGUUGCUGGAUCUGCAUUCUGCACGAUUUCACAGAUAUCUUGUAAAAUUAAAUCACCAUGGCUUUUCAAUGUCAAAGGGACUGCUACAUGCAGGAGUUUACCACGUCUGUGGUGUCAUGCACGGAAGCAGAGCUGCAACUGGAAAACAACGGGAAGAAGAGCAAAGUAAAGGGCUACAAUGUGAAGCUGAAAGACACCAUCCUCUUCCCAGAAGGAGGGGGCCAGCCUGAUGAUCGGGGGACCAUCGGUGGUGUGCCGGUGCUGCGCGUGUUGAGGCAGGCUGCAGAUGCACUGCACUUCGUGCCCUCUCCUCUGGAGGAAGGCCAGGAGGUCCAGCUGAGAGUGGACUGGGAGAGGAGGUUCGAUCAUAUGCAGCAGCACUCAGGACAACAUCUGGUCACAGCACUUGCAGAUACCAUGUUUGGAUACAAGACCACGUCAUGGGAUCUGGGUCGGCAGCGUAGCAGCAUAGAGCUGGACACGCCUGCCGUGAAGCCGGGAGAGAUGGAGGCCCUGGAGGCGGCGGUCAACCAGAAGAUCCGAGAGCAGGUCCCCGUCACCGUCCAGCUGCUCUCCAUCGAUGACCCAGCUGUGGAGAAGGUGAGGAGUCGCGGUCUCCCAGACGACGCGGCUGGGCCAAUCAGAAUCAUCGACAUUGAAGGGGUGGAUGCCAACAUGUGCUGUGGAACCCACGUGUCCAAUCUCAGUCACCUACAGGUGAUUAAGAUCUUGGGAACAGAGAAAGGGAAGAAAAACAAAACCAACUUGAUUUUCUUGGCUGGCAAUCGGGUCCUGAAGUAUGCCGAGAGGAGCUUCAGCACAGAGAAAUCACUGGUGGGACUGCUAAAGACAGGAGCUGAGGAGCAUGUGGAGGCUGUGGACAAACUGCAGAAGACUGUCAAACGCCUCCAGAAGAGUAACCUGACUAUUCUCAGAGACAUGGCAGUUCUCAUUGCACAAAACUUCAAGAGCAAUCCGGAAAGGGGCAAUAUUUUCAGUUUGCACAAUAAGGAUGGCGAUAAUGAGUUCAUGAACAUCAUUGCCAAUGAAAUUGGCUUUGAGAACACCCUCAUCUUCCUGACUGUGGGCGAGGAGAAGGGAGCCGGAAUGUUCCUUCUGGCUGGCCCCGCCUCCAUCAUAGAUGGCCUGAGCAAACCGGUGAUGGAUCUCCUGCAGGGUAAGGGGGCUGGCAAGAACGGGCGGCUGCAAGGGAAGGCUGGAUCCCUGGCCAAGAGGGCCGAGGUGGAGGCCCUCGUCCGGGAGCACUUCUGCAACGCCAGGAGCGGCUAGCACUGCAGCGGACAACACACAGAAGAGGGGGAGGAGAGGAAGAAGGGAUGAGGAGGAGAGGAAGCAGGAAGAGAAGAUGAGGAGGAGACCAGAAGCCUUGCCAGAAGCAGAUAGGAGUGGAUGAUGCAAAGGAGGAAGAGGCGGAGGAGAAGAAGAAGGAAUGAGAUGUUGAAGAGUUGAGGAAGAUGUAAAGUUACCAUGAUGCAGGACUACUAUAGAAAUGCCAGGAGUGUAUAGGAGUGGACAACAGACCCAUGACGAAGAGGAAGAGAGGAAUAAGAAAGAGGUGAGGGGUUGCUAGGAUACCAACUGGGAGGAGUGAGGGAACAUCAUGCAAAGGAGGAAGGAGAGGAGGAUGAGGAUGGUUAGAGGGAAGAUAGGAGGGAGAGGAGGAUACGGAUGGUUAGAUGGAAGGGAAGAGGGAGAGGAGGAUUGAUGCCAGGAGGACUGGAAAUAGGAGGAAAUAGGAGUUGGAGGAUAUGUAAACAAGGGAAAAACAGAAGUACGGAUUAAAAAAAAAUGUGUGGAUGAAACAUGGACGAACUACUGGUAUUACCAGCUGCGUCCCCAAUGACCACACACACACACACACACACACACACACACACACACACACACACACACACACACACACACACACACACACACACACACACACACACUUUGACUUUGCACCAAACACCCCCUCAGGGAAACAAAUCGCUUUUGAUCUGCUUAUUAGAAGAUAUACACACAUUCUUGAUUUCAUUUUUGUAAAUCCUUGCACCAUCAGUAGUAUUGAUCAUUUGAAAAACAUUGACUGACUUAAGCUGUUAAACUGUAAAAAUAAUUAAUGUUAUGGAAUGUAACACAUUUACAUGAUGAUGUUCAACUGUACAUACUGAUUAUUAAAAACUUAAUGGAGAUUUUA